AUGAACAAGAAAUCUCACAAGAAAAAGCAAAAGAAACGCAGCAAGGGUGGAGAUGGUAGGAACAAGGAGAAUAUCAUCGAGGAAGUCAUCGAUGAUAAAGAUGGAGACCGGAGUUCUGAGCCGCCUAAAGAAAGAAAGACUCCCUGUUAUGAAAUAAAGCAUUCGGAUGUGAUGGGCAGAUAUUUAGUAGCGUCCCGUGACAUUCGAGCUGGUGAGGUUAUUGUGGAAGAACCGGCGCUAGCUGUUGGGCCCUGCGCUGGAUGCGGCCUUAUCUGUUUGGGAUGCUAUCGGGAGCUUGAUGAAAGUAGUCUCUUCAAAUGCCAAGGAUGUCAAUGGCCGAUGUGCAGUAACUCGUGUUGGGGCUCAGGCAAGUACACCGGCCACUCCACGUAUGAGUGCGACACACUCAAAACAAUUCCGACGGACUAUUCCAAACUUGAGGAUCUGAAAGAAUCGUAUCAAGCACUUAUGCCUUUGAGGUGUCUACUUCUAAAAAAGUACGAACCAGAAAAAUGGCAGGCGCUAUCAAAAAUGGAGGCUCACAAUGAAAUACGUCGACUAAGAGGAGAUAUAUGGCCCAUCAAUGAAAAGAAUGUCGUGCAGAGAAUAAAAAAAUGGAAGUUAGACUACGAUGACGAAGAAAUUCAUACUGUUUGUGGCAUUUUGGAGGUGAACGCGUUCGAGGUGGGCGGGAGCGGCGCGAACGCGCGCGCGCUGUACGACCGCGCGUUCCUGCUGGCGCACGACUGCACGCCCAGCACCACGCACACAGACGCAGAGCGCGCGGCCUCGCGCCCGCUCACCGUGCGCGCCGCCGUGCCGCACCGCGCCGGGGACCUCAUCUCGCUCUGCUACGCCUACACCCUGCAGGGCUCGCGCCGCCGUGCCGCACCGCGCCGGGGACCUCAUCUCGCUCUGCUACGCCUACACCCUGCAGGUAGGGCUCGCGCCGCCGUGCCGCACCGCGCCGGGGACCUCAUCUCGCUCUGCUACGCCUACACCCUGCAGGUAGGGCUCGCGCCGCCGUGCCGCACCGCGCCGGGGACCUCAUCUCGCUCUGCUACGCCUACACCCUGCAGGGCUCGCGCCGCCGUGCCGCACCGCGCCGGGGACCUCAUCUCGCUCUGCUACGCCUACACCCUGCAGGUAGGGCUCGCGCCGCCGUGCCGCACCGCGCCGGGGACCUCAUCUCGCUCUGCUACGCCUACACCCUGCAGGGCUCGCGCCGCCGUGCCGCACCGCGCCGGGGACCUCAUCUCGCUCUGCUACGCCUACACCCUGCAGGUAGGGCUCGCGCCGCCGUGCCGCACCGCGCCGGGGACCUCAUCUCGCUCUGCUACGCCUACACCCUGCAGGGCUCGCGCCGCCGUGCCGCACCGCGCCGGGGACCUCAUCUCGCUCUGCUACGCCUACACCCUGCAGGUAGGGCUCGCGCCGCCGUGCCGCACCGCGCCGGGGACCUCAUCUCGCUCUGCUACGCCUACACCCUGCAGGGCUCGCGCCGCCGUGCCGCACCGCGCCGGGGACCUCAUCUCGCUCUGCUACGCCUACACCCUGCAGGUAGGGCUCGCGCCGCCGUGCCGCACCGCGCCGGGGACCUCAUCUCGCUCUGCUACGCCUACACCCUGCAGGGCUCGCGCCGCCGUGCCGCACCGCGCCGGGGACCUCAUCUCGCUCUGCUACGCCUACACCCUGCAGGGUACCCUCAAACGUCGAGAACACAUACAACAUAGUAAGUUUUUCGAUUGCUGCUGCAAGCGGUGCUCAGAUCCCACUGAGCUGGGGACGUAUGCAAGUGCCUUCCGAUGUCCAAAAUGCGCUGGAGGAAGACUUUUGCCAACCAAACCCUUGGAUCCUGCAGCUGUUUGGAUGUGUGUGGAUGGAAUAUGCGGAUAUACAAUGCCUGCCGUGGCAGUCCAACUACUAAUUAAAAGGUUAACAGAUGAAUUUGAACAAAUUAAUGUAAAUGACGUCCGUGGCUUUGAAGGAUUCCUUCACAAGUACCGCAAUGUCAUCCACAACUCCCACUACCUGUGUUUGUCGGCCAAGCACUCGCUCAGCCAGCUGUACGGGAAGGUGGCUGAAUACAUGAUACAUGAGAUGCCGGAUCAGGAGCUGAAUAGGAAGAUAGAGAUCUGCAGGGAUUUGAUGAAGGCGUUUGAUAUCAUAGAACCCGGAUAUUCCAGAUUAAGAGGUGUUACUCUAUAUGAACUUCACGCACCUCUGAUGAUCCUCACCACAAGAGACUUCGAGAAGAAAGCCAUUACGAAGGAUAACUUGAGAAUUAGACUUAAGGAGAUUGUGAACUACCUGACAGAGUCAUCAUUAAUCCUCAGCUUUGAACCUCCUCAGUCGUCUGAAGGUCUCAUGGCUUCUGCUGCGAAAGAUGGAUUGAAGAAGAUCAAAACUUGGGAACAAAUUAUUGGCAAAAUUUCAUAA